AUGCGUUUUCUCCUCCUGGAAACAGCGUUGGCGCUUUUUCUUAUCGCAGUGUACGAAUUCAUCGCCAUCACCAGUGCAUAUCGGUUAACACGCCAUAGCGGGCAGGAUUACCCGGAAUUGCGUGGUAGAGCUGCGUAUUCUAGUGGAAGGCAGAAAAGCUUGUGGAGACGACAGCGGCUUGAGGCACUACCAGAACAGUAUUAUACCACAGACGGAACAUGGGUUACGCAAAUUCCACGGGGAAUGACGACAACAGGUAGUGGCGGGGCUGAUAACAUCAGCUCGCCCGUUAUAAACGACAGCUCCGUUGAGAGUCCACGUAUCGCACCAACAACGCCACCGGCAGGUACCGACUCCUCGUCCAUUAAUCGCUCUGAUGACGCUUCAUGUGACAUUCCAGGUGAAAUGUCGGAGCCAUCAGAGAUUGUAGGAUGCAAGAAAGUAUAUCGGACGCCAUCAGGAUCGGAUCCCACGACCCAGCAUGCCUUGACGAACAUUGUCAUGACCGUCGAAUAUGAUGGCGGCGAGUAUAACGGUUUUGUGGGACCGAACCACUUUUACAAUGAUGAAAGGCUUGCGAUGACUUCGAAUCAUCUUGACGCCGAAAGCCAACGAGAUACGUCGGCAAAUAAAAGCGUUAGCAAUGAGGUGUUGCGGGCCAUAGCAGUCAUACAUGGUUAUAUACCUAAUCGCAGGAAGCGAAAGAAGAAAACGGCUCAGGUGAACAUAGAUGAGGAAGCUGAGUAUGAUGUGGAGGACGACACGUGCACCUAUACCAUACCUGCCGAACGCAGAUUUACACUAAUUGCGUCCAGCCGAACGGACAAAGGUGUACACGCGACAGAAACGGCCUGCCAAUACCUUUCAUUUGACCGCGAACCCCCCUUUAACGGCGACCUUGACGCCUUUAUGGAAAAGGUUAACCGCAUUUUGCCCGAAGAUGUUCGCGUCACGGCAAUGAUCGCAGCACCGAAUCCCGAUUUCAACGUCAGAUUCGACAACGUAGGCAAAUGCUACACCUAUAAGGUCGAUCUGUCGGAAUGCCCCAGCCUUUUCGAGAGGAAGCAUCGCUGGCAGAUUGUGGCGGACUCACAAUUCAGAAACACUUUGCUGAAAAGUCGGUUUAGAAUUCAUAGGGCGGCGAAACACAUACCUCCAGAAUACAAUGAAGUAAGAGAAGAAUUUUCUUUCGAUCGCGUGCGAGAGGCAGCUGACGUCAUCCAGGGCACGCAUAACUUCGAGUUCGUAAUUCACGGGGACAGAUUCCUGUACAAAAUGGUACGAGGCAUAGUCAGCCAUGCAGUAUUGGUUGGAUACGGUGUUCUUAAAGCGGACGACAUCAGGCUUAUGUUGGAACGAGGGGAAGCGAUACCAGACAUACCAUAUGCUCCAAGCAACGGACUAUAUCUCACUAAAGUCAAAUUUCAACCAGAUGUUGAAGAAGCCAUAAGGAGGUCUAAGGAGAGGCGCACCCAGCGUCUUAGAAGCUUACUCAAACCACUUGUAGAGCACUGA